UGGACAUCUCCGUGGAGGUCGCGGUUCGGAGUAGCUUCCCCUCAUACUUCAAGGGUGCUUCGUCACCACUGAGCGACCGCCUGACUUGCUCUCGCAGCCUCUGGUGACCCCUUGCACGCCCUGUGCGCUCGACUGACAUUGCUAAUUGUGCAGCACCGUCAACACGCAAUCAUACGCCAUCGCGAUUUGAUGCCAAGGCCCCGGCGUUAUGUAAUGCUCAAAUUUUCUUGCAGGGUGCGUGAGCCAAAGAAACCAUCGAGUCGCGCCCGUGGCAUGAGACUGCUCCACCUGCUCCAAGGCUCGAGCAAUUUCUUUACACAUUUUGGCACCCUUGCCCGGUGCCCUGUUUGUUGGACCAACUUUGGUGUCAGAGCAGGCCGGGAACCCACACGACGAGUCUCUAGAAUACGCUGCAACCAUCGCCGCCUUACUCGAUCGUGCAACAAAGACAACGCCGAUGCCACUACUCCGAGUAUUCCGGAGUACCUCAGUGUCCCGUCGGGCACCUCCGAAAGGGCGUUUGGGUCCGAAGCGGUUCGUCUCAGGAUCGGGAGUCUCAACGACACUAGAUUACAGCACCAAGCUGAUUUUCUCACCAUACUUCGCUUAUUGCCGGUGCCAUCAAUCGGACAGCCGCAGGUCCACGUCCCAAUUAGGAAACUCGUCUGCAAUCUCAUUCGUCGAAUCGUGUUCGCAGCCGCAAUCCCCGUUGGGCAAUUGCAACUGCUCAUAUCCAAUCUGCUUUACUCGACAUGCCACGCUGUUCUUCAGAGUCAUCGUGUUAAGACUUUGCAUGCUCUGGCGCCACUACCUCGUACCGUGAAGUGUCACGCCAACGUCUGCUCUACGCACAAGCCAAGAUGUCACCGCUUCUCAGGCUCUUUGUUCUCUCGUGGCUGCUUGCUGUACGGCAUGGCUUCCGUCGCACUGUCAACCGAAGCACUCGACGCGAAGCUUUACCCGCAACUGCUUGCUUCUUGACACGCAGUCUUGUUACGAUUGGGUCGCUCCA